AUGACCAUCAAAGAAGCACCCGAGCCACAGUCCUGCGAGGGUAUCCCUGUGCAAAGCGAACCCUCCGCUCAGCAUCCCGAAGCAAACAAUACCCUCGCCACAUCCAUCCCUCCUUCCCUCACAGAUACGGCCUCGACACUAGGCGUCCAAAGGACACACGCAACACCAGUAUUACAGCCCGCCAAGCUCUCCGCGCAGACAAAAGUUGCGAUUCCUCGCCAGCGAUCGGGAAUUGCCCCGCGCUAUAAUCGACGGGUUCCGCGGGCUUGUGAAUCGUGCCGACAGCGCAAGACGAAAUGCAGUGGCGAUACCCCUGUCUGUCGACAAUGUCGGGAGUUAAGAGCUACGUGCAAUUAUCCGCAGGGUUGGAGGGAGAGGACAAAAAAACAAGUGGAAAAGCUCUCGGAAAAAGCGCAAGAAUAUGAGCUCAUGCUGAAGGAGCUGGGGACUGUUGUUGAGGCUCGUGCCGCGGACCGGAUUAGGAGCUUGCUGGACAAGCAUGUUCAGGAGGGAGAGUCGUCUUCCCAUACUUCCCAGUCACAAUCAGCAACGCCUCAGGAUGAGGUGGCUCCAGAAAAUGAUGAACCCUCUUCGCCUUCAUCGAUUGGAUCUCUUGAAGCGAUUGACCGAGUAGAAGAGGACCAUAACCGUUCGGAAAAUACCAGAGCGACUGGGUAUAUGGGGAAGAACUCUGAACUUACCUGGAUGCAACGCCUACAGAGAGAGGCAGACCAACGCGCCCAAGGUUUUCCAGGUAGUCUGGAGCCUGGCGUGGAUCGAAAAGCUGACGAGCAAUUAUCCCUCCACGCGGUUAACUAUCAUCUCGACGAUAUGGAUAUCUCCGUACCUGGGCCAGUGCAGUUAUACGCCAUGCCUUCUCGUGAAGUAGCAGAUCAUCUGUUUGAUUGCUAUUUGACGACUGUGCACCCUUUCUACCCCAUUAUCAACAGACCCCUCUUCCAGGCGCAGUACCGGACAUUCUUCGAAAGUACUGCUCGGCCCGGUGACAAGUGGCUUGCUAUUUUGAAUAUGAUCUUUGCCAUUGGAGCUAAACACUCUCAACUCAUCGAUGCACCGUGGCGUGCAGGAGAAGAUGAUAAGGAUCAUUUGAUGUAUCUGACCAGAGCUAGGAUUCUCAGUAUGAAUGGGGAUGUCCUGUUCAGUCAUCCUGAUCUCCAGCAAGUACAAGUGGAGGGCUUGAUUGCCUUUUACCUUCUUGCAUCUGAUCAAAUCAAUCGUGCUUGGAGAAUCUCAGCUUUGGCAGUGCGGUCUGCUAUCACCCUUGGAAUCAACAUGAAGAGCAGUAGUCCAACUACACCAGACCUUUCGAAAGAAGCUCGCUACCGAGUAUGGUGGUGUUUAUACACAUUUGAACACAUGCUAGGUAUUAUGACUGGCCGGUCAACUUGUAUUCAAGAUGGAGUGUGCACCUCACCUUUCCCUGUUCCAUUUGAGGAGGAUCAAUUGCACGAGCCGGCCGCUGUGGAAAUACUUACCAACACGACUCUACGAGACGAACGUAUAAACAACGUUGUGGCAAGUGUGUGGAUCAGGCAGAUGCCGCUCAACCCAGCGAAUGGCAAGGAAGCUGCCAACCACUCACGAGCACGAGAUACCGCAUGGCUUAAGAACCUGCCUCUCAGCUACGGACUAUGCUAUCUCUACUACUGCGAUUUGGCAGUUGUCGUGCAAGAAAUCGUUAACAAAGUCUAUUCAGUAGACUGCAUGAUGGUUCCAUGGGCACACAUCGAGAACCGCAUUGGAGAACUCAGAUCCCGAACCGAGAUGUGGCAAGCCAGUCUCCCAUCGGGUCUUGAUUUCACACAGAAGGGAGAAGAUAGCCCCGACGUGCUUCGGUGCAAGCUGGCAUUGGCGCUCCAUUACUACAGCGGACGAAUUACCCUCGGCCGUCCCUGUCUCUGCCGACGUGAUGCAAGCUCGAAAGACAAAUCAGGCAAAUCUACGUUUAGCCACGAGAUGGCUGUGAUAACCCUCCAGUCUGCAUGCCAGAUGCUCGACCUCAUCCCCGACGAACCAGAUCCCCUGCAACUGUACCGGAUUUGUCCAUGGUGGUGCAUACUACACUAUCUCAUGCAAGCAGCAACUGUCCUCCUCCUCGAGCUGUCAUUCGGUGUCGUCCACAUGCCAGAAGAAGAACAAAAUUUUAUCUCCCUCUCCAAAAAGGCCACCCGCUGGCUCUUCGCAAUGUCAAAACAAAGCAUCGCCUCAGGACGCGCAUGGCAGCUCUGUGAUUUAAGUCUCCGCAAACUGGCCCAGGGCAUGAAAUAUGAUGUCAGCGACAUGCCUUCAUACCCAUACCCCUCAGAAGACAUAACCGUUGCCGGUACUGGGCCCCAGGUGACCGGCCUGUCCGGUCCUAAUUCUGUCCAGGAUUAUUGGGGUCCCCAGCUGGAACAACUUCCAAACUCUGACUCGCAGGGAACACCCGGUCAGGAUCACUACUACCCCAACAUGUCUUCUGCGGAUCUGUUGUCUUCGUUGGCGGCUGAGACUCAGGAUUCAUAUUUCCCUUAUGACCCUAUCAGCGGCGAAUUCAUGCGGUCUUUCUUCCCGCAUGCUAGCGAGAAUGACUGGACACAGAACUGA